AUGCCAGGCAGGUUGAUCAUGGAUCAACAAGGAGCGAUCGGGUCGCAGGACCUGAAGAAAGAUCGCAGCCAGGCACAAAUAGCAAGCCUCCCUAAGAAGCCAGACUUUGCACAGCAUACACCUGCGCCGCAGGUCAAUGGCCCCAUGACUCCUGCAGUCAAUGGCUCAAUCCCCAAUGGCACAUCCACGCACAACGCGCCUUCCACAGUGACGAACGGAUCUGGCAUGGCUGCGGACACGGCCAUGUCCGGGAUGGAAGCUCCGCCGGAGCUCGACCAAUCAUGGCAGGAGAAUCGCGAAGUGUGGAAGUCGAUGGGCAAGAUGAUCGAGCGGACGGCGCAAGCAUGUUACUCAGAUCUGCUUGACACCGUCAACAGGCUCCAUGAGACGCCGCUGGUAGUACCGGCAGCUCAGCCAAAUGGGGCUGCUCCGCAAGUGAAUGACACAUCACAAGACAGCAUCAACAAGAAGCGGAUUAUUAUGGACUUUGCUAAAGGCCAGCGGGAUCGUUUCAUGAAGAGUGCUGUCCUUGUAGCCUGGGCCAAGACCACCGGCGACGCUAUGAGCACGCUCAUCGAUGUCAGGUAUGCGCAGAGUAAAGAACAAAAUGCACAAGACACGGCGAUCUGGCGUAUUGGCGACUCGAAAAAGGCAACAGAAAUCGUAAAGCAGCGAAGUCCGAAUAUCCAGGGCGCACUUGACCUUCUAGCCACUGGCAAAGCGAGCCACUUGCCUGGCCUCAACUUCGUGCAACCGAAGCGCAUGUCUGCCAAACAACUACUCAAGACAUUACAAGGCAUGAAUGUGACGCUCGCAACGCGGCUGAACCUUCACGAAGACUUACCAGUUCAUUUCAAUGACUUCCGCAUCGCCAAUGGGCGAGCGACGUUUCGAGUACCUGGAGAGUUUGAGGUUGACCUUUCAGUAGCAGACGAGGAGCCGACCAGCCAGUUCUACCUGAUCGAUAUCCGAUUCCUGUUCGUUCCAGCGCCCAUUGGACUGCAUGAAGCUCUUCGUGCCCAAUUGGAGCUCAGGGCGAACGCCGAGCUCAGUGCGAAAGGCCUGCAGGGCUGCUACGACUUUUUGCAUAACUUUGUUCUGACGCACAAAAUCAACGUGCUCAAGAGUCAGGUUGCGAAGUUAGCACAAGAGAAGUGGUUCGAUUGUCUCAGUGUGCAAACACAUCGCCGAGUGAUCACUUUGCAGUACUGGACCGCCGUGCCUGGCCGCAAAAGCUGGCUAGAGAUCGGCGUGGCGACCGGCAAGGAUGCCGCGCGACGAUUCAGGCGCACCCCUAAUCCGCAGCUGUCAAUCCGAUGGUUCAGGCGAGGAGAAGAGAUGAAGGAUACCAAGCUGGAUAUCGAUUGGCUCAAUCUGGAUGUCGAACAGAUCUUGUCUGAGGUUGUCGCGAGACACAUAUCGUGGUCGCUAACCUCAAUCAAAGACCGCUUACAGGCGCUGGCGGGUCCAGAAUCGAAGCUCGACAUGCAUCUUGACACAUCCGAAAGCGUGCCCGAGGAUUGCUCUUUGCGGCUAUCAAUUGCUGGCCUCCAAGAUGCCGUUGUGGUGCGACAAGAGCCGGUGACAGGCAAGCUGUCCGUUUCGCCGCCUAACCAGCGAGCCACCAGAUGCGAGCUAGCUAUCAAUUCGAACGAACAGGUAGAUACAGCAACAGUACUUGCGAGCGCACUGUGUGAUAUGAUGAAAGAUCGCGUUGAUGUGGUUGCCAGUAUCGCUGGCUGGAGCCAACUCCGGGAAGAGUUCGCGAAGGAUAGUCUGAAGCAAGCUUUCGGAAACGCGUCCAUCAGAGCAUACAUGUGCAGCGGAGGCUGGGGCAAGCAAUGGGCACUCUUCGCGACUUUCUCAUUGGUCGGAGAGAAGUGGUGGGUAGUGCGACUUGCGGACAAACCCAGUGCGGAUAGGCCUGGCAACACGAGGGCCAUUGCAGAGACACGAGCGAUCCCAACUCAGGAUCGACCGUUUGGGCAGACCGCUCUUUCACGUACUGCAUUGCUGCAAAUUGAACAAGCAGCGGCAGCGGAAGUGUCUUGUGCUGUCCUUACGCAGCAGCUCGCGAUGGCUGGCAUUCGACACAAGACCGAUGGGCUUGCGCCAAUAUCCCUGCACGAAGCCUCGGCAACAUUGGACGACAGCAUUCGCGAGUCUUCGGUUUUCCUGGCAAAUUGCACCUUCUUGAAGCACACAUCCGGCAAACACUCGACCAUCACAUCGUUGCGAGUCACUCACAACGGACUGAUGGCUAAUAUGCCUACAGCGGAUGAAGAGCCGGCAAUGGCCAGAUAUGAUCUGCGCUUGACUGUGGACCAAGGGCAGCUCAAGUAUCUCCGGGAGUACCUGACCACGAAGGGUCGAAACGCGGACGUCGCUAUGAACGCGUCUGGCGCAUUGGCUCUUAGGCUACGCACACCGUUUGGAGCGCCGUAUCUCGAUCAGAUUUACGCACGACUGAAGGCUUGCCAGCGACUGAAUAGCUUCAUUGCUAAUAUCAAUGCCUCAAAGUUCAGAGCGACCAACGUCAGUCUGUCCAGACUAUCAUUUGUGUACAACGAGUCGCCCGAGCUCACUGCGACUAUCCUGCUCGCUAAUGAUAGUGGCUCACCUGCGACACUUGCCCUGGAACCCAAGGCCAGCAAUCCCCAAUUCAGAGCGCGGAUAGUCUUCGAGAAGUUGCUCAACAUGAUCAUCGACAAGGGUACAAGCUUUGCGGCCUUAUGUCAGACUUUACAAAUUUCUCUGCCCGUGCUGCACACUCUGGACAAGCUAGAAACCGCGCAUCUGUCUCCAAAGGACACGUUCAUUCAUAUCCGGCAUCCGACACUUUAUACGAUCGAGUACAGGGCACCAUUGCCAGCUUUGAAUAUCAACAUCUUGAUGCAAGACAGGAGAACAAGCAACGGUCUCGUCCGAGCUUGGAGUAUAUCUACGAGCCUUCCAAAGGACGGAAUCUCGGCUUCUGCUGUUGGCAAAGCGCUCGUGGAGCUGUCGAAGUUUCAGGGUGAUUCUUGGCAUGGGCUGGGAGACGGAUCCUUUGUGGCCUUGCUGAAAGGCGCCGCCAAAGCCAUCGAGCAGAUUGAUCAGACUGUGCGAAGCUCUGCGAAUGCAGCCACAACCGCAACUACGAACGCCACGAGACAGGGCGAAGCAUCUCAUGCUGCACCGAAGCCGCAGGCGCCGGCACAACAGAAGUCUCUACCCAAUACUGGGUCUACCAGUGCGAAGACGGCAACGAGCGCCAAGGGUGGCGCGAAGGGCAACGUCCCGACGACAAAUGGCAGACCUGCACCUAAGCCCAAUGUCACGAGAGUUAAGAACGAGAUCAUUGAGCUUGACUAG